UCUCCCCUAUAAUCUCUGGUACGACAUCCGAAUUUUUUUCGGGUGGCUCAUUCGAAUUUUUUGUUGACCAUGGUUAGUCCCACGGGUUGGUGAAUAGCAAACAAAUUUGUGGUAGAAUUUUUUCUCAGUGUAGAACUCCCCCGCAACCGAUUACCAAGUAGAAGUGAUAACAAUGGACAAUCUCGAAGAUCUGUUGCCUGUUUACUAUUCACGAUUAUUUCCCUUCAAUGAUUAUUAUCGGUGGUUGAGCUACGGGAAAGGAGAGAACUUCCACAACAGAGAGUUUUCUUUCACCCUCGGAGAAGAUGUUUACAUUCGUUAUCAAGCUUUUAAUAAUAUAAAACAGCUGGAGAAUGAAAUCAAGAGAAUUUUACCCUUCAAAAUUGAUAUCGGCGCUAUUUAUACAGUGUGCCCAAAACCGGAGAGAAGAGUAGUUAACCUUGUUCCGGUGCAACGUGAACUUGUAUUUGAUAUUGACAUGACCGAUUAUGAUGAAGUUAGAGCCUGUUGCUCAGGUGCUGAGAUUUGUAAUAAAUGCUGGAAGUACAUGGAUAUUGCUUGCAAAAUCCUGGACACUGCGCUCAGAGAGGACUUUGGCUUCAACCAUAUCAUCUGGAUCUUCUCAGGAAGACGAGGAAUUCAUGCAUGGGUCUGUGAUCCCCUGGCUCGCAGCCUUGACACGACAACACGUGGGGCAGUGGCUGAAUAUCUCCAAUUAAUAUCUGGAGGUGAAUACACCAAAAAGAAAGUCAAUCUACCUGGUGAAAAGAUACAUCCUGCUGUGAAACGUGCACUUAAAAUUAUCUCUCCGAAAUUUGUGUCGAUGUGUGUCGAGGAGCAGCAAAUGUUGGAAAAUCAGGAGAACAUUCAGAAGUUCUUGGCAAUUUUUCCUGAUGAUACCGCUAGGGCAGAGAUCAAGGAACUUUUCGAUAAAUGUAACAAAGGAGUGGAUCGGUGGUAUGUAUUCGAAAAUUACGUGAAAGAACAGAUGCAAUCGAAUAAAAGAUGGCGACAUCGUCACAUUAUUGAAGAGAUAAUGAUUCAAUAUUGUUAUCCGAGGCUCGAUAUAAACGUCACGAAAGGCAUGAAUCAUCUCCUGAAGUCUCCGUUCUGUGUCCACCCUAAGACUGGAAAAGUUUGCAUUCCCUUCAAUCCAAGAACUGUAGAAAAAUUCGAUCCCUCUACAGUACCAACGAUAAAUGUUCUCAUUGACGAGAUUAAUGCUUACGACACGAAGGAGAAAAAUAUUGAAGGCGGCAUCGAAAAUACAAAGAAGAUCAAAGACUACAAGAAAACAAGUCUAAACAAAUCUCUGCACUUGUUCCAAGAGUUUCUGAGAAAUCUUGAGGAUGCCAGAAAGAAUGAAAAGGAUUCACUAAAAAAUACCAUGGAAUUUUGAUUUUUCGACCUUUUUUUCAUAAAAUAAAGUGAAAUUAAUUCUGCAAA